GGCCGGGCCGAGCAGCUGGCGUCUCGCGACGUUGCGCCCCUCCCGGCGCGGCUCCCGGAGGUGGCCGUUCGCGCGGUGGCGCCUCCGCGUUGCUGACCGCGCUCCCGCUUGACUCCGAUGUCCCCGCGGUGGGUGCCGGCCCCGUGAGGCCUGGGCUCAGUGUGCGGGGGGCCGUGGGAGCGCGGGCGCGUCGCAGCCUCGGAGGGCCCCUCCGGGAGGGCGUGUGAGGGGCGCCCAGCGGAGGGUGCGCGGCGGAGCGGAGCAGCCCCUGCCCUGGAGCCCGGCUGCGGGACUGCGUGGCGAGGCUGCUGCGGAACGACGGGCACGUGUGCGCCAAUGGUGUCCUGCCGCGUGGGGUCGGGGCGGAGGAAGGGCCUCAGGAAUUGGUGCGAAUUGUACGGAGCCGGGUCUCAGCCAUGCCCAGCCUCAGAGUACGCCCUGAAGAGGCAGAAAUGGAGCCCUCAGUUCCUGGACCAUCCCCUUGGACCCCCAGAACCCAGGCCUGUGUGAGUGAUGCUCCUGCCAUGACCCAUCCUGGAUCUGCACUUCAGGGUCCACUGUGCUGUGGUGACGCUGAGCCUGGAGCCACCCCCCCUCACCGUCAGCAGCCAGAUUGGGACACCAGGACUGAGGGCAAGGAGUUUCUUCAGAAGGAAGAAGUUUCUGAGGAUUUGGAAUCACAGGCAGAAAUAUCAGAAAACUAUGCUAGUGAAGUUUCCCAGUUGCCUGAGCUUGGAGAACUCUGUGAUGGUGUAUUAGAAAGAGAGUGCAGGGUCCCAGAGGAUGAGAGACAGGUGCAGUCUCCCUGCCGGGAGGGGGACUUCACACCAGUGCACGUGUUUCUCAGGAGCCCCUCUGGGGAGAAAGAGGUGGACUGUGACGAUGUUGAGAGCAGCUUCCACCUGAGCCCAAGCCCAGUGGCAUGUCAGGGAGCCUCUGUGGAAGAGAGGCCACAUCUGUAUGACAUGUGUGGCCAGAGCUUCCCACACAGCGUGGACCUGACCAGCUGUGAGGGGCUUCAUGUAGCCAAAAGCCCGUUCAUAUGCAACGAGUGUGGGAAAACCUUCCAAGGAGGCCCCGAUCUUCUUCAGCACCAGGCAGCACACACUGGACAGAAGUCCUUCAUAUGUAAUGAGUGUGGAAGGCCCUUCAGCACACAUUCAGACCUCCUCAGGCACAGGCUUACCCACCGCAGAGAGAAGCUGCACAUGUGUACUGAGUGUGGAAAGGUCUUCAGCCAGAGCUCCAGCCUGAAAAAGCAUCAGAAGUCCCACGCGAGUGAGAAGCCCUACGAAUGCAGCGAGUGCGGGAAGGCCUUCAGGCGGAGCUCCAACCUCAUCCAGCACCAGAGGGUCCACUCUGGGGAGAAGCCAUAUGUGUGCAGCACCUGCGGGAAGGCCUUCAGGCGGAGCUCCAACCUCAUCAAACACCAGAGGGUCCACACAGGGGAGAAGCCCUUCGAGUGUGAGGAGUGUGGGAGGGCCUUCAGCCAGAGCUCACACCUGAGGAAGCACCAGAGGGUCCACACCGGGGAGAGGCCUUACGCAUGCAGUGAGUGUGGCAAACCCUUCAGCCGAGUGUCCAACCUCAUUAAGCAUCACAGGGUGCACACGGGGGAGAAGCCCUACAAGUGCAGUGAGUGUGGGAAGGCCUUCAGCCAGAGCUCAAGCCUUAUCCAGCACCGGAGAAUCCACACUGGAGAGAAGCCUCACGUGUGUGGAGUGUGCGGGAAGGCCUUCAGCUACAGCUCUGUGCUCAGAAAGCACCAGAUCAUCCACACAGGGGAGAAGCCAUAUGCGUGUGGCGUCUGCGGGAAGGCCUUUAGCCACAGCUCCGCACUCAUCCAGCACCAGGGCGUGCACACAGGCCACAAGCCCUAUGCAUGUCAUGAGUGCGGGAAGACCUUUGGUCGCAGCUCUAACCUCAUCCUGCACCAGCGAGUUCACACCGGAGAGAAGCCCUAUGAGUGCACCGAGUGUGGGAAAACCUUCAGCCAGAGCUCAACUCUCAUUCAGCAUCAGAGGAUCCAUAACGGGUUGAAACCCCAUGAGUGUAGCCAAUGCGGGAAAGCCUUCAACCGGAGCUCAAACCUCAUCCACCACCAGAAGGUCCACACUGGGGAGAAGCCCUACACGUGCAUCGAGUGUGGAAAGGGCUUCAGCCAGAGCUCGCACCUCAUCCAGCACCAGAUCAUCCACACCGGCGAGAGGCCCUAUCAGUGCAAUGAGUGCGGCAAGGCCUUCAGCCAGCGCUCGGUCCUCAUCCAGCACCAGAGGGUCCACACCGGGGUGAAGCCCUACGACUGUACAGCUUGUGGGAAAGCCUUCAGCCAGCGAUCAAAGUUGGUCAAGCACCAGCUGAUCCACACCAGGGAGUGACACUGUGUCUCAGCCUCUCCCACCCUCAGACUGAGCUGGGCUUGCUCACUCCCCCUACUCCAUAGCCACUGUCCACAGAGGCUACAGUCCACAAACGAGGACCCUCCUGUAAGACAGGCUCCCUCCCCCGAUCCCCCUGCCAUUGCUCCUGCCUCAUGAGACCUCAUUUCUUUUUGGUUUGUUUUUCCAUUUUGUUUUCAGACUGCCAUAUUUGUUAGAAGGAAAAAGAUCGUAGAGGCUGUGUAUUUAUGAGUAGAGUUUAUUACUGUAAUGGAACAUGACCAGGGAAGUAAACUGACGUUCGCUUUGA